CAUCCAGUGGCUUCGUUUUAUUUUGGUUUAUCUUCAAUCUUUUUCAUUUUGUCAGUGAAAUAUUUGAUUGAAGAUCUUUUUCGGUGGAAGACACUUGUCUUUUGCGAUUAAGACUCGGUAAGAUUGUUAAUGCAAGAUGGAUGACACAUUAUGUAUUGGGGACAAUAUAAGUUUAUAUUCAGAAGAUGCAAAUGGCUAUGUUUUAUCAUUUCAAACAAGUUCUGUGCAUUCGGAGAUAGCCGUAGCAUCAAAACAGGGGAGUGUUCGAUCACAUAUAUCUAAUCAACAAGUAAAAGCGUUUGAAGUUUGUGUGCCCAAUAAAUAUAAACAGAGAUCGAAAUACUUGAGAUUAUUAGAACAGCUAAAGAAAGAACCAGAGAAUAUUAAUCUGAAGAAUUCUGUUGCUCAAGCCAAGAUAACAGCUGAUCAAGAAAGUGAAGAUAAUGGGUCUGAACAAAAGAAACAACAGGGUAGAAAAGUUGUAUAUGGACAACUUAUACAGAUACGUCAUUUAUUUACUGGUAAAUAUGUACAUGUAUCAACAACGAAAACUUCUAAUACGGAAUCUAAUAAUAUGGCGGUGGAAUUGAAACCAGAAAAUGCUAAACACUGUCGAUUUCGAAUCAUGCCACGAUAUAAGGUUAAAUCUGAGGGUGACGUGGUUCAAGUUGGGGAUCAAAUCGUGUUGGAAAGCGAUAAAUCAACUGGACAGUUCCUACACGUUAGCCGCCAACUUUUUCCUAAAACAUCAGUGUAUACUCAAUGCCCUGAGUUGAACCUAUCUGUUAUCCAAAGUGGUUUUACUUUACACAGAAAACACAAACGACUAUACGAUGAUCACAAGAAAAUAAAGGAUGGUGAUGUUAUACGUUUUUUUCACAAAGAAAUGGAGGCCUAUUUAGUGGCAGAAGGAUUAUUUGAUGAUAAAGUUGUCGAAGACGUCCAUUUAAGGAUCCGAACAGUUGAUCAAAAUAUUCCGAAGACAUUGUUUCCUAGUAGCUCUGCUGUAACUUACUGGCAGAUAGAACUUCAAGAAGGCUCGAUUGCAGGAGGCGUUCUAAAGUGGGAACAACGAUGUAGAAUAAUACACAUGUGUACACGUAAAUAUCUGACUGUCGAUAUUGAUGGACGAGUUACAUUAACAUCAGAUACUUCAGAUCCACGAACUUAUUUUAAACUACAUGCUGUUAUUAGGGAUAGUGAUGAUAUACCAUUUGACAGUUAUUGUCGCAUGGAACACGUUGUAACCGGUAAAUGGCUCCAUGCCGGUUCAGCCGACUAUAAAUUGUCAAGCCAGCUUGAUAAUGAAGAUGACAAAUCAAUGUCUGGUUUAAAAUAUAGUACGGCAGAACUUAAAGAGAUUACAGCCAUUAAAAACAAACAUUACGAUGAUGCAUUUACAGUACAGUCUGUCAGCACAAAAUUAUGUUCUAUAUUUAAUUAUGUGUCAGGAAUGGUUCCUUGUCUUCAAAAACUUCUCAGUGAUAAAAACGAUGAUAUGGUUUUAAAAUACAAAACAACAUAUGACGUCAUAACGGCCUUAAAGGAAUUAAAUUCCUUUAUGAUCGUACACAGUUUACCAUCUAAAAAUCGUCAGAAACUGAUGAGAAAUUUACGAAUCGUAGAUUUACUUGUAGACUUGCUGCGUAUCCCAUUUAAAGAUACACCAGAUCAAACGUAUCUAACGAAGAUUUUUGUAGAAGCUUAUGCUGUAUUAAAAACCUACCUUGUUGGUAACAGUAGAAAGAAUGAGUUGUAUAUAGCUAAAUAUAUUGACUUCUUCUUAACUCAAUUUACAUAUAAAGAGGCAAAGAUUGGUCUGUACGCUGCUCACAUGGUUAUGGAACUGAUUCGUGAUAACAGAAAAAUUGUAGAUCGCGUGUCACAUGAACAGAUAGAUCACUUCAUAGACCUGCUGAAUAGUGAAAAGAACUACCGAUAUUUAGAACUAUUAGGCGUAUUGUGUGUCUGUGAUGGUGUAUCAAUAGCUGAUAAUCAAACUUACAUCACCAAGAAAUGGCUGAUAAAAGACACCGAGGAUUCGGGUCAAGCUAAUGUACAAAAGCCCGAUUUAGGUCACGUGACACGAAUAUACUUGAACAGUAAAAAGAAUGAGAAAACUCCAGACACUAUUUUACGUUAUGGCGGACGGCUAUGGAAAGAACCAAGCAGUAUCUCCGCACAAACAAGUUCCCAAGAUGGACCCCAAGAACAUGAAAUGUACUUAGAGCAUCAGUUGGAAUUAUUUAGAAUGUUAUGUCAGGGACAGAAUGAGUUUACUAUUGAUGUUAUAACAUCGCAGUUGAAAUUUCUGACAUGGGAAGAAGCGUUUGAUUGUUUAAAAGAUGAUACAAUACCAGGCAGAUUAAGAGCUAAAUAUUGUGAACUAAUAAUCACUUUAUAUGUAGACAUUGUUAGCAAUGUUUCAGUAAUUGAUCGUGUAAGGUUGUCUUAUAACUAUAAAGGAAUUUCCUCUGACGAAUCAACAGUUGAUCAAUCGUCGUCACCUACCACUGAAUAUUUUCCACAACUAAGGGAUUGGAUAGCUUAUUUUCUUGGUAAUAAUGGUGAUAUGACAGCAUCGGAGUUUGGACAUAACAUGCUGGUUAAACAGGUAUUAAGGCUGGUGUAUUAUCUAGUUAUGUAUGACUUUUAUAAUAAAAGAGAAGACAUAGAAAGUUUACUUAAACCAUUACUAAGUCUACUAGAUGGUAGAAAUGAUAAACCUUACCCAGAUACAGCGAGGGGGCACGAUGCCUCCCAAGUUCGGAAGAAUUUUCGUGAAGUUGCCAGAUACCAGAAAAGUCCUGAAACACGAGCUGUUGUUGAUGCUAAGAUACAAGCCUUGGAUGUUUUGAAUCUUAUUUUUAACUUCACCUUUAAUCUUAGAAUAGAGAAAUUAAUUCAACUAUUUAAAUCAACGUAUGAUGAAGCCAACCAAUAUCGCCUGUUUCAGCCAGAACUUAGUGUUCUUUUGUACGAAGGCUUUACCUUAGAACAUGCGAAAAGCUCAAAAUCGGCAGUAAAAAUUUUGGAGAACAUUUUUGAAGAAACAGAAUUUUUCAUACCUGAUAAAAUUACACAAAUUCUUCUGGAUUUGUCUCAUUAUCAUUAUGAUGAAAUGGUAUGUAAAUCCAUGCACCUGUUAAACAGAUAUUAUUCCUUUCAUCAAAAACUAUUUAGUCAAGCUAUACAAGCUCAGGUAUUAAUCACGGAUUCAUCUGUUGAAAUAAUGAACAGAUUAAGUAUUAUUCUUCCCAAACUACGUCGCUUGGCAACAGCAAAACUCAGUGAUGACCAAGCCGUGGAACUUAGUAAUAUUUUAGAUGAAAUGAAAAGAAUGUGUCAUUUAGAUGGUGAUGUGUGUGAAACACAUAGGAUGAACCAAACCAUUCUUUAUAACCAUGGUGUGCUCGAAGAUGCUCUAACAAUCUUAUCUCAGGCAAUCGACGUCAAGUUGUUGGAUGGAUAUGUCCAAAAUUUAAAGAAGGUAUUUUCUAAGACAUUUGUGCUGCUACAAUGGAUGACUAGGAAUAAUAAAGUUAUACAGAUGAGAUUGUUUGAUAGAUUAGAUAUGUUACUCAAUAAAGAAGGUGCUCCAAUAGAACUAGCUGAACUGCUUACUGAGAUAUUUACCGGGAAUUCAACUACGUGCAUGAAGAUACAGGGUCAUCAUGUUCAGAGAGUAGUAACAUUAAUAGUGAAACAUAGGUCCGAGGUUCCUCAGUUUUUAGAUAUGUUAAAUGCUGUAGUAAAAGUAGAAGAACUAGAUCUACCAAUGAAGAGAAAUCAAGGAUUUGUAAUGACGUAUUUCAUGCAGUAUAGAUCAGAUGUUGCUCAAGUCAUUGACCAGUCAGAUGAAGCCAGGAAAUCGGUAUUAGAAUCAAGAAAUACACAAGAACUGGAUUAUAUGACUUCAAUGGUGGAUCUGUUAGCCACAUGUGCAGAGGGAGAGAAUAGUUUUAUAGAAUCUAUUUGUCAGACUAUAUUUAAAAUCAAUGAUCUGUUAGAAGUAUUAAUUAAUAAAGAUAUCAGUGAUAAUGUGAAGAAACCAUUCCUGCGUUUCUUACUAUGGGUUUAUAUGAAUACAGCUAGUGGUAUGAUAGAAAGUGGUGCCGGUGACCUUCCUCAUGAUAGAAAAAUCUGGGAAUUUAUCAACAGUACAACUCAUAAUCUAAAACAAGUUAAACUGUUUAUAGAAAAUAAUAAAGAGCAAACUAAACAGUUGCUGAAACGGCCGCCAUCAAGGAGCCCGGGAAAUAGUUAUGAUAUCAACAGUUUAGAAGAAAUGAGGGGAACUCUACAUUACCUAUUUGAUGGUGUUAUGCAAUUUUUACAGUUAUUUUGUCGGAGUUAUUUUCAACAAGAUACAGACUUUGCCCAAGAAACAAACCAGUUGUCAAACCUUGCCCUGGUUUAUGUAGAAUUCCUUGAUGCUAUUGCCCCACUUGUUAGUGAUGAACGACAGAUGAAGAAUCUUACUGCAACAAUGAGUGGAUUGAUGACGGCUACAAAUGCCAUUCCUGAACAGAAAAUGGAGGAAUUCCAUGUGCGAUAUGGAGCAAGGAUUAAUCGCGAUAUACUUAGUGAUGCUAGAGAGAGUUAUAAUGAAUAUUACGCGGCAGAGGAAGAGAUAAACGUUAGUUUAAAUGUAUUUGUGGGUAAUAUGAAGAUAUCUUAUGGUGGUUUGAAUACAGUACAGUAUCAGAUCAAAUUCCCCAGUAAUAAAGAGUAUACUGAAGAAGGUGGUGAUGAAGAUUUGCCUCUCGGCCAGGAAUUUCAAAAUCAUCUGAAAUGUUUUGUCAACCCAGAUGCCAAGGAUCCCAUAUUAAAGUUCAAACUAGCAGAAAAAUUAGUGAUGCAGCUCAGAAUUUCCAGUAACUUGAACAAUCUUACUGAAAAAGAACGAUUAGACCAGACUGAAUUAGAUAUAAAAUGUUUUCAGUUAUUACGUGGUCUCAUACACAAUGAAUUAGUUAAACUACCUAGAGACUGGAAAACCAAUAUGAAACGUAAUGCAAAAUAUCUGAAUGCUAUAGAAUCUGUACAGACGGCCAUUAAUUCUUAUGAUGUAAUACCCAGUGUUAGUACACAUUUUACCAGUCCUAUUGAUAAUGUCGUUAGAGAAUUAUUGGCCUUUAUGUGUGCUCUUUUAUUCAGUGGUAACGAGGCAGUUCAGAAAAGCCUUUUUGCCUCUUUUACUGGAACAAGGGAAGAAACGUUCUUUUUUGCCGUCAAAAAUAGGAUCCAGAGAGCAACUCUUGCAACAAGGGAAAAACGUUUGUUAAAUGCUCAACAUCAGGCUAAAAUUGAAGAAACAAUAAAUCAAGCUAGAGCUCUUCAAAAAACCAUGAAAGGAAGAGCGUUAUUAAUAGAAGAAGAUGCUAGUGCUAUGUUAAUGCCAGAUGACCUAGAGUUUAAAGAUGAUGCAUAUAUAGAACUGAUGUUAAGAAUGAUGGGUUUGAUGUGUGAUAAUCAGUACACAGGAUUACAGAAUUAUUUAAGAGAGCAGCCAGAUAAUAUCAAAUCCGUCAAUGUAGUAGCAGAAGUCACUAAGUUUCUUAGUUUACUGUAUAACAACAUUGAUGACGUCAGUAUUCCACUUAUUACAGAAGUUUUUGAUACAUUGGUAGAAUUUACGUCGGGUAAUUUCGCUAAUCAGGCUGUAGUGUUCGAUAAUAAAAUCUGUGAUUAUAUAUCACAUAUUCUAAAGCUGGAUACUUAUAAAGGUUGCACUUUAGAACAGGUUUACACAUUAAAGCAGUCAAUAGUCACAUUACUACGUUCGCUUACAGAAGAAAAUCCACCAGUUCUUGAAGAAGAUGAUGAUGAUGAUGAAGCUGAUGGCGAUGAUGUUGAAAGACCAUCUAAACGCUUAAAAGAAAAGACGUCUUCGGAAGUUUUUGAAUAUUUAGAAAAAUCAGUUCUUACAUAUUGCAUGGUGAAAGCUUACCAAGAUCUGUUGUCACCGCAGAAAGAAUACGGGGAAAAUGCAAAAUUGAUAAGUUCCGUUGGUUUCAAAUUCCAUCAUUUAUUAUGCCGUAGAAUUGAUCUCCGUGGAAACGAAGAUCCAGAGGAACUAUAUGAAGAUGAUCUUCUGCGAGCAGCAUGGAAAUAUUUCUCUAAUAGUACACUUUCUAUUGAGAUUAUUAAAGAUGACACGCUACAGAAGAUUUACUUUACAGUUAAAGACAAGAAUGUACUUCGUGAAGAAAAGAAAGAAAAGUUCAAGUAUGAAGUAGAUCGUUCAAGUCCUAGUAACAAAUUACGUGAUUUCAUGGAAUGGUCCAGUGACAUAAUUGAAGACAUUCGAUACCAAAGAAAAAUACAUUCUAGUGUUAUAGCCCGAUUUCUUCUGAAGAUAUGGCCAUUGCUGAAUCUGUUUGCCUUAUUAUUAUCUGUUGCUAUAGCUGCAAUGAUUUUAGGUACCUGGAAAGCUGAUGCUUCUGGUGACGUUGUUGUUCCAGAUAUAAGUGAUUAUCCACGUGUUAGAGAAGCUACGUAUAUUCUUGGUGGUAUACAUAACUUGACAUCACUGCUCAUGUUGAUUAGUUAUCUUCUGUCAAAUCAUCCAAAAUUACCUCGAUGGAAAAAUAUCAAAUCAGCCUUAAGAGGACCUAAGUAUAUGAACAUGGAAGGAAAGAAACCAGAAAAACAGCGCCAUGUUAAUCUGUUUAGUUUUAAAACGUUCUAUUAUGUGAUGUUUCUAGCAUUCUCAUUUGCUGGAACAUUUUAUCAUGGUUAUUUCUUCUCCUUCCAUCUACUACAUAUGGCUAAGUUAAAUCAGUUGUUAAUUAGAGUAAUCCAGGCUGUGACUAGAAAUGGACUGUCGUUAAUAUCGGUAGGAUUGUUGGGUCUAGCUGUUCUCUAUAUUCAUUCUUUAUUUGCCUUUGCGUUUUUCCGUGAUUAUUUGGAUCAGAAUGAAGGUCGUCAGUGUAAUACAAUGUUCCAAUGUUUUGUAACUGUUAUACAUCAUGGUCUAGCAGAAGGAAUGUACACGACAUUUGAGCAGCAGUUAACAAAUAAAACAUUUGCUCAAACAGCAGCCGUGGCAGCCUUUGACGUCAUCUUCUUCAUUAUCAUUACGACCAUUGGAUUAAACAUUAUAUUUGGUAUCAUCGUGGAUACCUUUUCUGAGUUGAGAGAUUCCAAGUGGCAAAUUGAUAACGAUAUGAAAUCCAGUUGCUUUAUUUGUAGUAGAGAAAAUUAUGAUUUUGAGAGACAAGGCAAUGGGUUUGAACAUCAUGUUAAGAAAGAGCACAACCAAUGGUCCUAUUUAUUCUUCUUUAUACAUCUAGAGGAUACUCAGCCUAAUGACUAUUCAGCUCUAGAACUAUUUGUUAAUAAUCGGCGUUUAAGAAAACGUUUAGAUUUCUUCCCAUUAAAUCGGGCGUUGAGUCUGCAGUAUGAAGAAGAUAAACAUACGAAAAAACUUGAAAGUUUGAAGAAUCAGGUGGAUUAUCUUGUAUAUAAACUGAAAACCACGGCAGCCGAGAAGGGAAGAAAGUUAGAAAAACAAAGACAAAGAGAGUGGGAACAAAAACAUGUGAAACGAGAGUAAUAAGAAAUUGAUUAUUAGAAUUGUUUUUCUAUCCAAGAUUUACUUGGUAUUGGAGUCAAAUGUUGCUGUUUGGGCAGAGAGUUAUCACUCGUUAUUCAAUUUUAAAGUUUAUUUUGCUAAUGUGGUUUCAGAAAAGACUAACGCUUGAUUGUGUAUAGGUCUAUGUGGCAAUACAAAGUCUAAACAUAAUUCUGGGUCCCGUACACAGUCCAAACAUGAUUCUGUGUCGCAAUACACAGUGCAAACUUAUAUCACACGGGAUUUUUAUUUUUUGAAAUUAUUUUGUAAGUUUUAAGCAUUAUAUAGGUACUAUUUUGAGCAUUUAGUGCCUUUAAUAUUAAUCCAAACGUACAGUAUACAUGCCUUUUUUAAGUGCCUUUUUUUUAAAAUUUGAACCCUAUAUUAUUUUUAUAAAAUUUAUUUUUAUAUUGUAUUUAACAUUCAUUUUAUUUUUUUAAAUAUACUACAAAA